UGCGCACACAGAGCUUUUCUCUAACUUCUCAUCAUUUUUCCUUGUCCACUGCCUGGACGCACCAUCUUACGUUCCGGGAAUGGGAUCUGUACUGGAUUCAAAGAAAAACUUUCAGUUCUUUCGAGUUUACGCUCUGCAGAAGCUACUCUUCAAACUGCAGGGAUAGUUGUUACUGCAGGUGCAGGGUGACAGCAACAAGAGGCGCUCGCCAAUGUUCUCCAAGACGCACCAGAAGGUUUCAGAUGUUAGGGAGUUUUAAGUGUUAGGAAUCCGUUUAACACCGCAAAGUGGGCUCUCCUUAAUUUGUCAACUGAAGAUUCUUGCAUUUUUAUGUCGAAUUUACCUCAGGAGUGGCGUGCGUAAAAUAUCUGUGCGUAAAAGUUAAAGCUGUUGCGCAACUUGUAAACGUAACCUGUGCAAAACCUCAGAUUUAUCACAUUUUCACUCUGUGAGAAGAAUAAAAACGUUGGCAAUCAUGGCAAAAUGGUUUAAAGAUUUUCCCAUAAAUCUGAAGAACGGAAAUGAACGGGUCCGCUCUGCCUCUGAAUCUGGCCCUCAGACCCGUCCAAAACCGUCGUUUUCUCGAGACAGUCUCAAAGGAAAUCAGCGUAAAGAUGGAGGAGUGGGGGGUUUACUGGCAGGGAGAAAUAGGAAAAAUUCAGCAACAGAAUUAGGCCGUAGCAACACUGGGUCAGGUGGGACGGUCUGGGACACCCUGACAUCUGGGAAAGGUCGUAAAAACUCCAAGGCCGAGACUGGGACCUCAGAUGAGAACCGUCAGGUCAGAACCUCCAGUCUGGCGCAGGCGUACAUCAGCAGGAUGAUCAAAGUGGACAAGCAAGACAAGAACCCCAAACUCAACGGGAGAAGUGAACAGAAGCUGCCAGAGAAUGAGAAGGGCAGGCCUGACAUCAAAACAACGCUGAUUAUCCUGGAGGACUAUGCAGAUCCUUUUGAUGCCGAGAAAACCAAGGAGCAGAGAGAGGCUGAGAGAGCAGGAGUGAAUGAUGGAUACAUGGAGCCCUAUGACGCCCAGGUCAUCAUCACAGAGGUUCGUAGACGAGGCUCCAAGGACCUCCUUAAAGUGUGUGUUCUGCUGGACCGAGGCCAGAAAGAGGGGAAGGCAGAGGAGGGCAAGCCCACACCCCCAAAUAUCUACGAUAUACCAUAUGAAGGCGGACCGGACGGCGACAGUGAGGGGGUGUGGAUCCCUGUCACACGGCCAGAGUCUGAUGUCCGUCCUGCUGGAGAAUAUGAACUGCCCUGGGAGUGGAGGAAGGAGGACAUUGUUAGAGCGCUGUCAGCUCAGUUUGAGGCGGUGGAUUGUUCACCCAGCAAAGAGAACAGUUCAACUUCCUGCCGGCAGCAGCAGCAGCAGCAGCAGCAGCAGCAGCAGCAGCAGCAGCAGCAGCAGCAGCAGACCCUGAGGCAGAAAAACUGGAACCACAAAACCCUUGUGUCCUCCUCCUCCUCCUCUUCUUCUCCCUCCUUUCCCUCCUCUCCUAUUCUUAAACUCUCCCCUCUCAUACCCUCGUCUCCCUCCUUCCCGACUCUCAAACUUUCUCCCCUCUCACCUUCGUCCACACCUAACAAACUGUCUCCUACGUCUCCUACCUCCCCUGGUGCCCCACUGGAUGGGGAGGCCACCAAAGUGGACCCCAGCCUGCCCCUGGAGAAGCAGAGCUGGUACCAUGGCAGUGUGAGUCGCCAGCAGGCUGAGGCUCAGCUGCAGCGCUGCAGGGAAGCCAGUUUCCUGGUGAGAGACAGCGAAUCAGGAACCAGCAAGUACUCCAUCGCUCUGAAGACCAGCCAGAGUUGUGUGCACAUCAUUGUGGCCCAGACUAAGAGUAGUAAAGGCUUGUGCUACACACUGGAUCAGAGCAGCUGUGUCUUCUCCAGUAUUCCUGAGCUGGUACACCACUACUGCAUGCACAGACUGCCUUUCACUGGAGCAGAGCACAUGACCCUACAGCACCCUGUACUCAAGCAACACUGAGCAUGGGUGAAAGAAAAAGAAAACAUACUGGAACACACUUGCACAUUUGCAAACACAAGCUGAGACAGAGAGAAAAGAUAUAUGCACAAAUUUGCACAUAUGUUAAAGCUUAAUACAUGUGCAAACACAGUUAUUCAAAGGUAUGCUGCUUAGGAUGAUCCUGUGCACUAAUUGAGUUUGUAUGUUAACUUUGGGUAUGUUUGUAUCUUAUACACUACCUAGUGGACAAAACCAUACACUACAACAGCCAGCAGUGUUUCCUGUUUUCAACUGAAAUGAACAACAUUUAGUUAAAGAAACAGCAUUACUUUUUACUGAAUGGUGUGUUUGUCAUUUUGACCCCAAAGACCAUAGUGGAUAAAAUACAAACCAAACUAGUAUUUGUCAUGUCUGAUGCUAUACACACAAUGCAUUGUACUCACUGUAACCAGUUUGAACUUUGGAGAAAGUGAACAGGUUUAUGAUGUCCUGAGGUGAUUUCCUUUGACAGAGGUGCUGACAUCAUCAAUUAGCGCCCUGCUGCUCAGUGAGAGCGCGGUCUGUAGAAUCAAUACACAUGAUUGAAGUAUAUUCUUUCAUCCAUCUGACAUGUCAAUCAGCCUAUUGAUCUAUCCUGAAAAUCAUGCUCAUUUGCCAACCACCCUGUCAGUCAAGACAAAGAGCUUUAUUGAUUAGAGGAGUAGAGGUAGUGAAGUGGGAGGGGUUUGAUAACAUUAUGGUGCCCACUCAGCAAAAUUAAUAAGGCUUUGUAUGUGUGCCAAAAAAUAUGUGAAUACAAUGCUCAUUCACAUGCCUUUACUAUAAUUGAAAUAUAAAGGCUUUAUGGUUAAAAAGCUUUUACUUGUAAUUGUAAUAAACUGACCUGCCUUACCCUAAAAAUGUACCUUUGCAUAAAGGAUGUAUGUAUGAAGUGACUGUUGAAUAUUGUUGAAUCAACCACACAAUGAGGCGUGUUGUAUAUUAUUUCUGUAAGACUUUUAUUCAGUAAAUAAAUUCAUUUUAACAAUG